GCACCUUCCGAACGUCGCCGCCACCAGGGGCUGAGGGGACGUCGGGUGAGCCAUCCCUGGCAAUGGAAGAAUAAAGGAGGAAUAGAAGCAGUUUGGCCAAAUGCGUCAGCUGCCUCUGAGCAGAUGGAGAAACUGAGGUUGAAGUUGAAGUGAGGAUUAAUAACGUCUUCAGUGUACACAGCUACCAGAACAAAUCCCAGAGGAGCCUCCUCAGGUGUAGAGGGGUGGUGGCUUGCAGUGGAGAAGCCGCAGAGAGAUGCACACCCCGAAGCAUUGAAGGAUAAUCAAGCAAAAAGGAAAAAUGAACACCAUCUGUGGCCUACAGUCUGCUAGUAGAAACUGUGUUUUCUUUCGGUUAACUUCACUGACUAACUGGAAAAACUCUCCCAGACCAUGUUGGUCUCUGACUCCCAAGAGUCAUCAUCAGGUACCAGUGAACUAUGUUGGGGACAGAUGCCAAGGACAAAGCCUGAGGAAGAGCUUUGGACUCAGCUCUUUACCCAGAGGAAGCCUUCCCUUCUCUAGGACCUGUAAUAACAGCCAGGGACGGCUUUUAAGUGCCCAAAGCAGAGAACCUUGGAGGAGGAUGAGCAAUUGCUCUGGGUGGCCCCCCUUCUCUUCACGGCAGAGAUCAAAGGAGAGAGGUGCUGUCCUAGUGUGCUCAGGAUUCGUCCCUGGGAAGGGCUUGCCUGUGAAAGGGAUGAAAGAUGUCGGCAAUUUCCACACGUCAUCGAGUCUUCGGGCAGCGCCCACUCCCCUUCUCUGGAUCAUUCUUAAGCCAAUACAGAAAUUUCUUGCAAUCAUCGUUGGCAGGGGCAUAAGAAAAUGGUGGCAGGCCCUUCCUCCCAACAAGAAAGAGCUAUUUAAAGAAAGUGUCAAGAAGAACAAAUGGAAAUUAUUCCUGGGCUUGAGUAGUUUGGGAGUAUUAUUUGUCGUCUUUUAUUUUACUCACCUGGAGGAGAGUCCAGUCACAGGACGGAAAAAGUUACUAGUGUUGGGGAAAGAACAGUUCAUGAUGUUAUCACAAAUGGAAUAUGAAGCAUGGAUGGAGGAAUUUAAAAAUGAUCUGCUGACUGAGAAAGAUCCCAGAUACCUGGCCGUGAAAAAAGUUUUGCAGCAUUUGGUAGAAAGCAACAAAGACAUCCCAGGCAUCUCAGACUUCAAGUGGAUUAUUCACUUGGUGGAUAAGCCUGCCAUAAAUGCCUUUGUUCUUCCCAACGGGCAAGUGUUUGUUUUCACUGGUCUCCUCGAGGCAGUCACUGAUAUUCACCAGUUGACUUUCCUUUUGGGCCAUGAGAUCGCUCACGCGGUGCUUGGACAUGCUGCAGAGAAGGCCAGUCUGGUUCAUUUGUGGGAUUUUCUAAGUCUGAUUUUCCUCGUGAUGAUUUGGGCUGUCUGUCCUCGAGAUAGUUUGGCAGUUUUGGGACAAUGGAUCCAGUCUAAAUUGAAAGAGUAUGUGUUUGAUAGACCCUAUAGUCGCACCCUGGAGGUGGAAGCUGACAAAGUGGGCCUGCAGUUUGCUGCAAAGGCUUGUGUGGAUGUCAGAGCAAGUUCAGUGUUUUGGCAACAGUUGGAGUUGGCAGAUAGGAUUCUGGGUGACCCUAAGUUACCGGAAUGGCUGUCAACGCAUCCCUCUCAUGAGAACCGGGCUGAGCACUUGGAACGACUUAUCCCUCAGGCCAUUAAAAUUAGAGAGAACUGUAACUGCCCGCCACUUUCUGGACCAGAUCCUCGAAUGCUUUUCAGGCUCAGGGUGAAGCAUCUGCUGGAAGUGACGGAAGAAGACCAGAAUAUCACUGGAGCGUUAGUUAAAAAGCACAAAUUGGACUCUCUUCCAAUUCAGAAAAAGGAGACAAUUCCACUAACAUUUAUGGUUGACAAAAGACCUGGAAGUUGAUUUCAAUUUUACGCAAGAGCCUGUAUGACGAAUAUAGCAAUAUUUAUUAUUUUCACAUAUCAGUAUUUUUUAAAAAGAUCAGUAUAAAAUGGGGAAAAAAGACUAUACCAGUUUGAAUCAUGUGGACUCCUGGCACUAAUAAAAAAUCCUUUAAUAGAUAUUGAAACUUUUGCUCAUGAAUCUUAAAAGUAUCUGAUUCUAUUUUUAAUACCUUCAAUAAAAA